AUGGUUGUCGCCACGAUAAAGUACGCCACAGACCACACUCGGGAUGGGUGCGUCGUCGUCGGAGACGGUGCCGUUGGCAAAACGUGCCUUCUGAUCAGCUACACGACAAACAAGUUCCCCUCGGAAUAUGUGCCAACCGUGUUUGACAACUAUGCGGUCACGGUCAUGAUCGGUGACGAGCCAUACACUCUCGGCCUCUUCGAUACCGCCGGUCAAGAAGACUACGACCGACUUCGGCCGCUAUCGUACCCCCAAACCGAUGUCUUCCUUGUAUGCUUCUCAGUCACUUCGCCCGCAUCUUUCGAGAACGUGAGGGAGAAGUGGUUCCCCGAAGUACACCACCACUGCCCCGGCGUCCCCUGCCUUAUUGUCGGCACCCAAGUCGACCUUCGGGACGACCCGCAAGUCCGGGAAAAGCUGGCGAAGCAGAAGAUGGCACCUGUGCAGCGGGCCGACGGCGAGCGCAUGGCGAAGGAGCUUGGUGCGGUAAAGUAUGUGGAGUGCUCGGCGCUUACACAGUACAAGCUGAAGGACGUUUUCGACGAGGCUAUCGUCGCGGCACUGGAACCACCACAAAAGGCCACUAAGAGCAGCCGCAAGCGAGGAGGUUGUGUGAUCCUGUAG